AUGUCAAAGCAAUUUUAUUUCUUUAAAAAAGCAGCACGGAAUAGACUGGAAGAUAAUACAUUUUGGACAUUGUGGGAACUUGUAGAGUCCUGGACUCAAAAUGAUUGGUUGGCAAUCUUUUUUAUAAUUUUCCUAGGGAUUAUUUUUGAGAUCAUACUCAUAAAGAUUUGUACAUCCUUUAAUAAGAAGCCUGCACUUCCAGAAAAGGGUAGUUCAAGUGCUCAGGAGAAGGAAAACAAUUGCCUGAAAAGUGUGAAAUUAUCUCCAGAUAACUGGCCAAUUCCUUCAUCUUCAGAAGAAAGAGUUGAUGACUUUUCAGAAAGAACAAUUGCUUCAUCACUUACUUCUGAAGAAAAUGAAAGUAACUUUGAAGAUAGAGUUCUACUGGCAGAUGAAGUAAUAUGGUUGAGUACCAGGGAAAGUAAAUAUCAAGUAAGUCACUUUAGCGAAAGUCAUAUAACGUCUUCAAAUGGGACUAGCUCAUCUUUGUCACUGUUUCAUUCAGAAGUAAAGGAAUUUUUUCCAAGCCAUGGAGAGUAUCCAGAAAAUGAACAAGAAACAAUACAAUUUCCAUCAAAGAAAUUAUUUUCAAUAUUGAAAACCAACAAAAAUAAAAAUUUGAUAUUUUCUUCCGACUUUAACUUUUCAAGAAGUUCUAGAAGAUCUAUAGAAAGUGAAGAUCUCAAUGUGGCACCAUGCCCUCCUGCCCACUUAUUUCUUUCCAGAGACCAAGUCAGAAUUCUGGAAGAAAAUGUGAGAAAUCAAGUUGCUUUAAAAUCCAAAACUACAUCAGAGAGUAAAACUACUUAUCUGUACUCAAGAUUUCAAGAGUCCCCGAUUCAGAAUCAACAUUCUGUUACAAUUGAUAUUUCUGCCCAAGCACAAGAUUCUCUUCCAGGACAAAAUGCUAUUCAGAAUCAAGGUUUUUAUGAAGCCAGAUUUACUAGUCAAGUCCAACAAUUUGUUAACAACCAAGAAUCACUCAAUAGUCAGCCUGAUAUCAUGGUCUUUGCUCUGCCUCGAGAUCUGACAAGGAAGCCAUUUUGUAGCAGCACACAAGAAUCCUUCCAGACCCAAGAAAAGGACAGAAGCCAACAUUUGGUGAAUGUGUCAUAUUCUGUUGAGACUCAAGAUUCAGUCAAGGGCCUAGAGUCUGAUAAAAACCAGUUUGAUGAGGCCCAAUAUUCUUUUUGCUUUGAAGAUUCAAACAAGAGUAAACAUUUAAUUGAGGGGCAAAAUGCUAUUUUUAAGAAUGCCAGAUGUCUAGUUUUAACUGUAAGUCCAAAUGCACUUGCAGAACGGAUGCUACAAAUAGAGAGUGUAAAACCAGAGGGCCAGAAACAAAUCACUUCAUCAGAAUUAAAUCAGUAUUUUACAUAUGGCUCGGGGCCUCUUUCACAUACUCUUUUUAAAAGGCAGAAAAACAGGAGAAAAACAUUACAUAGUAAAAGUAAAUUUAGUCUCAUAGUUCUAUCUCAAAAGUCAAAGAAAACACAAAUUCCACUGGUAUUUCAAAUCACAGUAUGUCACACUUCAAAACCCAGCAAGUUAGGAUGCAAGUAUAAUGCUAAGAAAGAAUUACAUCAAAGGAAAAGUAUACCAGAUACAGCUUUGCAUCUUACUUAUGUUUCCAAGCCUGUCCCUCCUUAUAUUAAGAAGUAUUCUAGAAAAGAACUAGUGAAAGUCAUGCCAGGUGUAACAGGAUGUAGACAUUCUCUGUCACUUGAUGCAGAGAAUGUCAAUGAUGCUGAGUCUACAGAGAAAAGAAGAACCUCAGGCAGGACUGGAGAUAUAAAGCAGCAUGGCAGAGAAAAUGAAGGACAAAAAACUAUUUCACCGAAAACCUCGCCUCAGCUAGAACAGUCUUUUAACAAUACUUUUCAGCUAAAAUCACCUUGUUUUUCACUAAUAGAAAUGAACUGGAAGAAUAAAGAGUCUCGUAAAGGCCCAAUUACACAAGCAAAGGGAAUUGGUAUUGCAGAGUUUCAUGCCCCGAAUAGUAAAAAAACAUCUGACCUGCAUAUUCCAAAGCAGGAGGCACGUUUAGGAGACAUUAUAUCAGAACCUUGGCAAAAAUUUGUCUCCUCUCCUAAAGUGGAAUCGAACAGGAGGAUGAAAACACAGGAAGACCUCAGAAGUACAGAGAAAUCCCAUCUUCCACUUUUAGGUGGAAAGAAAUUACCAACUAGUUCACCAGAAAUGCGAAGGUACUUUCCAGAUGGAAAUACACAAAAGCAAGAAGACUUUCUAGAAAUUGUUCUGGAGACUUCAGAGGUUAAUCUGUUCAUUUCACUAGGAAUCAAAGAGCAUAAAGACAGUGAACAAUUGGCAAGUAUAAAAACUCAAAAGAGUACAGAAGAUGUAAUUAUGAAGGAAAAGAAACCACCAGUAACACUUCAUGCUACAGAAGGUGAUAACCCAAGUGAUAGCGAGGGACUGGAAUGCAACAGUAGAAGCAAUGUAAAAAAUAUGCAAGGGGAAAGAAUAUUUGUUACAUUUCUUGAUGCCACUAACACCACCGUUUCUGAACCACUUGAUAUGAAAAUGCAUAGCAGAUUAAAAGCCAAGACAGAUAAAACAACAACAGGGUCUAGCCAUUCAGUGGUAAAGCUGAAGAAAUUACCAGAUGAAAAGAAAAUAUGGGAUGCAAAAUACAUCGAGAAGAGAUGUAUAUUUAAAAAGCCACAAGAACAUGUCAGAGAGGAAGAGGAACAAAUUUUAGAAGAAGGAGUUCCACAGCUGCCACAAGAUUUCAGGCUUAGCUUGCAACUAAAGCAGAAGCCCAAAUAUCUCAGAUUUGAAAUAAAACAGAGCAGUCCAGGAAGUGGGGAAACUCAAAAUAAAGAGCAAGAAGUACAACCACAAACUCUUCCUACAGAAACAGUUUUGGUGACUAGUCCAUGCCCCACAAUGGAUCCAUUUCAAAUUGAGGUAAAGCAAAGCGCAGAGAGACUUACAGGCAGAGAAACUACGGAUCCAGAGAAUCCUCUUACAGUUCUAGAGAAUUCACGAGUUGGUGAAGUUUUAAUUGAAACAAGAGAAUGUGGUAUCCCAUUUGGUGGAAGCCCCAGAAAGACAAUGGAUGAUCAUAUUGCAGAAGAAAAGACAGACCUCAAAAGAGUUUUAUCUGCAAUUGCCUUGGGGUCUUUCAUUAUCCAUAUGCUUCCUUUAUCAUAUUUUAAAAGGCAGAAAAUAAGAAAAAAAUUAUCAGGAGCCAAAAGGCUACUCAGCCCCAAGUCUGUAAUUAGGAAAGUAAAGAAGUCGACAAACUUACUGAUGCUUAGUAUCAAUAGGCAUGGUACUGCAAGUCUUAGGAAAAGAUUGAGAGCCAAUUUUAAAAUCCUGAUUAAACAGAUGCUGCAAGAUAAAAUUGUGGCAGAUGUGCUUGUGAAUGUUGUUUACACUCACAUGUUUAUUUUGUCUCAUAGUAGAACACACAGCAGAUUAAAUGCAGAGAACUGCAGUCAGACCGAGCUAAAACAAGAGAAAUCCAAAGAUGAAAAGGAAAAAAAGUAUUCUAUUAAUAAAAGCAGUUACUCUCGAUACACACUAGAAGAAGUUAAAUUGCAAGAUGAAGUGAGAGGAGAUGAAGCUCCACCAGAAGCAGUCCUUCAUGACAGCUGGAACCUUAGAAUGGAUGCAAAUCCAGAGAAGGAGCUCAAAAUGGAAGAAGUACCUCAAACAAUUACAUACAGAGAAAGCCUUAUGGAGUCUGUUUCAUAUACACUUGAUGGCACACAGAACAAGAGACUUGUAAGAGAUGAGAAAGAGGAGGAAGGGAAACAUGAAACUUUACCAGCUCCAGAGAAUAGCCAACGCUUCACAUUCAAUGCAUAUCAGAAUUGUGGCUUCAUCAAGUCUGAUGAAGAACUGAAAGAAACACAAAGUAUAAAUAUUCAGGUACAACCACAAACACAUGAUAAACAAACUGUCUUAGGUUCUACUUCAUGCCCUGUAUUGGAUCAGUUUCAAUUUGGAAAUCUAGAGAAUUAUGCUAGGUUUUCACCUCCAAAGUCAGGGGAAGGAAAGAUUGAUGAAAUAAUUUUUUCUACAAGAGAAUACAGUGUCCCAUCUGAUUCAAAUCAUCAAAAGGAAGAGGCUGGUGGUACUGAAAAGAAAGACACAGUGACUUUUAAUUUCUGCAUACCUGCUUUAUCUACACUCAAAAGGAAGAGAAAUUUUAAAAAAUAUUCAGACACGAAAACUUUAGUGAAUCUCAAAUGUGGAAUUUUAAAAGCAAAGAAACCACCAGUUUCAUACAUAUUCAGUAUCAAGGGUGGUGUUAGCCCAAACCAUAGAAAAGAAUUGGGGUGUAACUCUACAACCAAAAUGGUAGAGGUGGAUCAGAGUGAAAAUAUGGAGGCUAAAGCGUAUUCUUCCAUGACUAUUACUACACCUAACCUUAAUAUGUAUAGCAAGAUAGAAAGAGAAAAAGGUAUGUUAGGAGAAACAAGUCUCAGUUCUAAACAAGUAAAGCAAGCAAUAUCACCAAAUGAAGGAAAGAUUAUCUCAGAUGACACCAAAAAGAACAGCCUUCAAGAUGAAGAGAAAGUAAAAAAAAAACAGGAGACAUUAAAAGUAAUUCCACAGCACAGCCAACACUUCAAAUUUCAUUCAGUCCAAAGGAAGGAGCUUGACCUUCAUCAAUCAGAAGGCCAAGGAAGUGUUAUUGAAAAAGACAUCUCACACCGAAUGCAGCCUACAGAUUCAAUGCAGGGAGAGAAGCCAAAGAAAAGCCACCAGACACAAAAUGGUGCAAUAUAUACAGCAAGUUCAAAGCUUCCUCUUCUAAAAUCAAAGAAAUCACUAAUUGGUGAAAUUUUAAUGGAUACAAUGAAGGUUGGUGUCCUAACUGUUGGGAGCCACAUGGGGAAACUAUACAGUCAUGGUAAAGAGGAAAAUGCAGGGUUAAAAAAUCUACAAGCAACUGUUUUGGAGUCUUUGGAUGCAAAGAAGGCACCAAUUUCCCAGACACUAACUAUUUCAAAACGUGGAACACCAAGCCAUAAAAAGCAAUUCAAAUAUAACCUCAAAAUCAUGAUGAAACAAGGGAAACCCACAGCAGACAUGACCCUAAAUGCCAUCUCCUCUCCUGUUCCUGUUUUACUUGACGUGAAAAUGUAUAACAGAAUAAAAGCAGAAUCAGAUGUGUCAUGGAAGAUGAGAUUCAGUCAUGAACUGCAACAGCGAGAACAAUCACCAGAUGGGGAGAAAGCCUGCUCUGCUGAUUCCAGUGAUAACAGGGGUCUUCCCUCCAGUAGCACAAAGGAAGUCAAAGACCAAUGUGAAGAAGCAGCCCUGAGAAAUUCUCAGCACUCCAGUUUCAUUGCUGGUAAAAUGAAGGAGCCCCACUUUGUGAAGUCAGAACUAGAAGUGAAGAAUUUAGCAAGGGAAAAUGUCACAGAACCACUUAACACAGCCCAGGAGCUGCAGCAACAAACACUUUUUACAAAAAGUGUAUUACAUUGUGUUUCUUGCUCUAUUUUGAAUUCACUUCCACUUGAGAAGCUACCAAAAAGAACAAAAACACAAAAAGGCUUAAAAUAUGCAAAGAGUCCAAAGAUUUUAUAUCCAGUCCUAGAGAAAUCAAUCCGUGAGUCUCUAAUUGUUACAACACGGAGUGACAUCCUGUCUGAAAGAGGCCCUAGGAAGGAACUUGCUAGUUCUAUUCCAGAGGUAAAGUUGCAAAAGGAUUUACAAGCAAGAACCCUAAAGUGCUUUGAUUUCUCCACACCAGCUUCAUCUGAGUUUGAAGGUCAGAGAAAUGCAGCACAAAUCCCCAAGUCUAGAAAUGGGAAAGCUCAGGUGGCAUCAGUUUUAAAGACGAUCAAUAUCCUAGAGCUGAGCAAGAAUAUCCCAUCACAAAAAGCCAUACCACAUAGAAUAGGUCAAAAGAUUCCAUGUCCAAAAUCAGGGAACCCAGCAUUUGACUACUUUUCAAUUGAUGAAGCAGAGUGUAGCACUGUAUCUGAUGGGAGCCCUGCAAGGAAGCUGGAUGUUAACACUGCAGUUUCCCUACUACCUGAAGAAGAAGAGGAAGACAUAAAAACUCAGAAAAUAAUGAAACACAGAUUGAUUCAAAAUAUCUCAUCUACCAAAUCUGGGAACUCAGUACUUGGAGAUCCAGGAAAUAAAAGCUCUAGAAGGAAAAUGGGUGGUCACAUUGCCAAGAAAUAUAGGUUGUUGCAAAGAGAUUUACUAACAAUGUCCACAAUGUCUGUUUUAUUUGACUCUGAAAGUCAGGAGAAGAUACUAAAAUUUUCAGGAAGGAAAAAUCGUUUGGGUCCCAAACGCAUAACCAUGAAAGCAAAGAAGUAUCUUUGUUCACAGAUGCUUAAUAUCACUGAGCAUGAUAAUGUCUGCUAUAGAAAGGAACAGGAUUACAACUUAAAAUCUACAAUAAAUGACAUGCAACAAAAUAAAAGUAUAGCAAAUGCAUUUUUGUUUCCCACACUUGUUUCAACUGAUAAUGAUACAGAUAUUGAAAUGCACAGCACAUCAAAAGCAGAAAUGGAUCAACCAAGAGUAAAACUGUACAGCCAUACCUCUGUAGAGCUAGGAAAAUCACCAGGUGAUGGGGAAGUGUGGAAGGCUGACUCAAUUGAUACACAAAACAGAUCAAGCAACACAAUAAAAAGGAAUGUGCAACAUAAAAAGGAAGAGGAAAAUAUCCAAAAAAUGUUAUUGGAAUCAGUUCCAGACUAUAACCAACACUUUAGUUUCAGUGCCUAUCAUAUGAAAAAUCCUGGUUCUUACCAAUCUGAGUCUGAACUCAAUAAUUCAGAAGUCAGAAACUCUUGGAAUUUGUCUUAUACAGCACGAAAGAUGAGGCAAGAAAAAUGCUUUAGAGAAACUAUUUUGGAGCCUGUUUCUAGACAUGUAAUGAAUUUUCUUCAGGUUGAAACAGUGGAAAGUCAUCAUGCUCAAAAAGAAAUUAAAUGCAUGGAAGGUGUAAAGACUCCAUUUCCAAAAGUGAGGAAAUCAAAGACUGGUUCAAUACAAUGUGGUGCUCGCUGGGAUAGAAACCCUAGGAGAAAAUGGGAUAGUUCUAUUUUUGAAAGAAAGGCAUGGAAUCAAAAUGACUUGGUAAGAAUGGUCUUAAAACCUUCCAAUUUUUCCAGCUUUGAUUCAUCUGAACCUAAAAACCAGCGCUAUACUUUAGAGUUUGAAGGCAAUAAAACUAUAAUAAAUCCCAAGUAUGUAACUCUGAAGGCAAAGAAACAGCCAGUUUUACAGUUGCUUAAUAUCACAAGGUGUUUUACAGGAAGCCAUAGAAAGACAAUGGGGUGCAAAUUCCAAUACAAGAUGAAAAAGAGGCAGUGGUUUGAAAGUGUGAGCGAGGCAUCACUCCUUGCUGAAGGGACUGAGAUUCCACCACCCAAGUUAGUGACUGAUAAACACUCCUUCAGUGCAACAGCAAGGGACACUCUGUAUAACAGAACACUUCACAGAAAUUUGCAUGGUCAUAUCACAAAGGAAAAGGCAGAGUUAAGGGAAAAUUCAGCCACAACUUUCCAGGGGCCUUUAGAUUUCUUUAUGCCGAUCUUAUCAGACUCUGAAAGCCAGAUAAACACAGUACAAUUAUUGGAAGACAAAAUCACAUUGAAUCUCAAGUGUUUAACUAUGAAGGAAAGAGAUCCAGUAAAUUCACAAAUGCUUAAAAUCAGAGGGCGGUUUACCACAAAACGCAGAAAAAAACUUGGAUCCAAUUUAAAAGCCAAAAUGCAACAGAUGAGUCAAGGUAAAAAUGUGGCUGAUACAUUUCCAAAUACCGGUUACUUCACACCAGAUACCUCUGACAUUAAAAGGCAAAGCAGACUCAAAAUAGGGAUGGACAGAGUAUCAAGGUUUAGUGGUGUACAACCAACACAAAUGGAGUUGCCAGUUGAAGGGCUAGUGAUUUCACAACCACUUAAUACCACUAGUUAUGCUGCUUUAAGCAUUAAUGAGCAACAGGAAAAAAAGAUAGAAAGAAAGAGAGAGAAAACUGUAUUAAAUGUGGACCUAAAAUUUAUGUAUGAUUCUAUGCCUAUUUUGUCACACACAAAAAUGGAGGAAUCCCCUGGUACCUGGGGUAUCUAUGAAGAGUCUUCUGAAAAGAAAAAUACCCUAAGCAAAGCAAAUGCUAGUUCUGCUUAUGCCUGCACACAUAUGCAUCCCAAAAUCAUAAGACAUAAAGCUAAGGUAAAAACAGCAGAUGUGGAAAACACUUUGCAUACCAGUCGGGUGACAUUGAAGGCAAAGAGGCCACCUGUCUCCAAGCUGUUUGAUACUGUCACUACCAGAUAUGGAACCAGAAGGAACAAAAUGGAACUGAGAUGUUACAUUAAGACACAGAAGGAGUUCCAGCAAUAUAAAACUGUAACAGAUUUAUUUCUGAACACUAUUUAUGGCUCUGGAUCUGUUUCAUCUCAAAUCAAACAAUUUACAGAAGUAAAAAGGGAGAAAGACAGGCCAGGAAAGCCCAUGUACAUUACUCCACAGCUAGAACUGGAGAAAUCACUAAACAAAAGAAAAAUAUCAUCUUCAGGGUCCACUGAUAUUAAGAGUGCUAUAUCAAGAAAUAUCAAAAUACUGAAACAAUGCAUUAGAGGGGAGAAAGAAAACUGCCAAACUGUCUUACGAGACAUUCUCCCGCAAUGUAGAGAUCAGUUAGUGAUUACCCAACAAGUGAAGGAGGAGCUUGAUCAUGUGAAAAUAGGAGUUGCUUUGAAAAGAGAAGUGUACCCUGAUCUAGCUUCCCCGAAGAGGGAAAUCAGUUACACUAGGUUCAACAUCCCAAGAAUUAGAACACAUACAGACUGUGAAUUCUUUGUUGCACAAAGAGUAAAGCACAAAGAUGCAGACAUUGUCAAACAUUCAGUUUCAAUUCCAUGGGAGAGAGGAGUAUCUGAGAAAACCAAUGUCUCAUUAAUUUCAAAAGGACAUAAUAUAUAUCUUACAGAGUUGGAUGCCUUUCGACAGAGGACUCACAAGGAGCAAGAAUUGUGGAAACAAGAAAGUAUUUCAACGACACUUCGGGGAUCUAUUGUCUACCCCAUUAUGGAACCUUCUCAUUUGAAAAUGACAGGAAAGGUAGCUGAGGAAGAUAUGUACAUUAACAAAAAAAAUAUUUCACAUCUAUUGAGAAGAGAAGAUAUAGAAGAAACCAGUAUCUUACAAGGUUCAAAAGGACACAAGUUUCUUUGUACUAAUCUGGUGGUGGUUCAGCAAAAUAUGUCUGCAGUGCAGAAAGGAGAGGCGAAGCCAGAUGACAUUCCUGAAAGUAUUGUGGAUUCUGUGUCUCACCCAAAUAGGGAACAUCUUCAGGUAACACAACCAGUACAUACAAAGAAGGAAGAUGUAAGCAUUCCUAUGAGGUUACCUGUAAAUCCAUGGAGAAAAGAGCAAUCAAAGUUAACUGAUAUUCCAUUAAGAUUAAAUAGACCAAAAAUAAUUUUUCCAGAAAAACUAAGGGUGAAGCAACCACAUAGUUCUACCCAGGAUAAAGGAGUUAUUCUGGAAUCCAUUUCUUCUUGCAUAUUGCAUCAAUUCCAUAAUGAAAAGCUAAAGAAAAAAGUAUCAAUGGAAAGAAUGAGCUCAAAAGUUUUGAGUUCAGUGGUAGACAAAGCAUCAAAUGAAGCAGAUACUCUAGGAGAUCCACCUUAUAUUAACUUGUAUAAUAGAAAAAGAAAAGAACAUCAAAAAGAAAGUACAUGCAAGGUUCUUCCAAUGUCUGUUUCUCAUUCCUCAAUGGAUGUACUUCAGAUUAAGUUGCCAUAUGUAAAAAAAAUAUUAAAGCCUCCAGGAUACCACACUUCAAAUACAAAAGGAAUUGGUUUGCUUGUUGAGGAAAAAGAGCAUCCAGAACGUAUACAUCAGAUUUCUCCAAAGUCUGCUCCUCACUCUUUGAGGGAUGUAUUUCAGAGUAAGAUACCACGUGAAAAGAAGGCAUCAGAAAUUGUUAGCAUUGUGGAUUACAUUCCAAGUACAGAAAAAAUUGGCCCACCCAUUACAGGAAAAGCAAGCAAGGUGCAGAUAGGUAAAGGUAAAUCAGGUAUGAAACUGAAAAGUUUGUGUACUUCCUUACCAUCUCUAUCACACACUAAUAUGGAUUCAAGAGCAAAAGUAGGACAAGAUAAGUCAGGAAUACUCAGGAGCUGCCUUCUACCACUAACACUCCAGGUAUCACCAAAUGUCAGGAAAAUAUCAUUUGCAGAGUCAAUUAAUAGAGACAGUUUAAGCAACAUACAAGAAUCAGAAUAUUUGCCACAGGAAAGAAAAGAUGGAGAAAAUGUAGUACAUGUGAAAGACAUAAUGGGCCUCCAGUGUGUCACUUUCAAAGGACAGAAAACAGCUUUUAAACACACACUGCAUGGAAAUGAACCACAAUGGAACAACAAAGAAUGGGAGGAAAUGAGGCAGAAAGAUAGUGAUCUCGACAUAGUCAAGAAUAAACAUUAUGCUUCCAUCCCUUCUCCACCUCACGUGGAAUGGGACCCUGAGAUAAAAGAGGUACUCAUGCGAGGAAUCACAGGAUUUUGUCUUCCAUCACUGACACUUCAAGAAUUAUCGAAUGCAAUGGGAAUAUGUAAGGAACCAAUUGAUGAUAUUUUAAGCAGUAUAAAAAAGGCAAAGUAUAUGCCACAGAAAGAUAGAGUGGAAAUGGCUUUGGAAGAAAUAAGGCAUCCCAAAAUAAUAGUUCUGAAGGCAAAACAGACUCCAGUUGCACAGGAAUUACAGUUGAACAUCAAAGAAAAAGAGAAAAAGCUGCAAGAAAAUAAAGAUAAACAAGUUGGGAUGUGGAGCGAAUCUUCUGUUUCCAUCUCCUUUCCACCUUACUCAGAAGUGGACACAAGAGUAAAAGGGGAAGAAGCCAUGCUAAUAAAAACAAGAUCCUCUUUCCUACAAACAAAAUUCCAGGAGUCAUCAGAUACAGGAAAAAUAGCAUAUAGACAGUCUAUUAAUGGUGAUGCCUCAACCAGUAAAAAAAAAUCCAAGGAAUAUAUAAUACAGGAAGAAGAGGAAAGAGUAAAAAUGGUACAAGUCAUACCUUUGAGGAAAAAGAAAUCACCAAUUUUACAGGAAAUCCAGCUGGACAGCAAAGAGCAAGAGAAAAAGAUACAAAAAAUGAAAGGUGAGUCAAAUAUCUUUGUGACCAAUACCAGUACUUGCAUACCUGCUCCUUUUUAUGUACAAGUGGAUACAAGAAUAAAAAAAGCAGACUAUGUGACUGAAGUUACAAGAUACUCUCUUCCAGAACUAUCACAGCAGAAGUCAUCAGAUGCAAUGAAAAAAGCAAGUAAAGAGUCCACUGAUGGUGAUAUCAGAAGUGAUGUGCAAGAAGCAAAAGAAUAUGCACUGCAGAAAGAAGAGACUAAUGUAGAGAAAUCAUUCAAGAGAGACAUGAUGCAGCCAAAAGAUGAAGAUUUGGAAAGAAGGCAAGCAGUUUUACAGGAUAUACCAUUGAAUCUUAAAGAGCAGGUGAUAGCGGAUCCAAAAGGUGAAGACCAAGGGAAAAUGGAUGGUGGAGGUAAGGGUAAACAAGAAGUAAUUCUGUCCUCAAAUUGGGCUUCUGAAUCUUCUCUAACUUACCAUGAAUUGAACACAAGUAUAGAAGGAGAAGAAGACAUACAAGGAAUAACAAAAUCUGCUGUUUCACUACUACAGCUACAGAAAUUAUUUGAUGCAAGGAAAAUAGUGUAUACAAAGUCAGCUGGGGAUGAUACCCCAAAUGAUGUAAGAGGAGUACAAGAGUAUGAGCCACAGAGAGAAGAAGAUAGAAGAAAAAUAAUAAAUAUGAAAUACAUAAUGUACCCCAAAAGCACUACUUCUAAGGCAAAGGCAUUACCACUUCCACAUGUACUCUAUACUUCUAGGAGUUGUGAUCCCCAAAUUAGAGAUGUACAGAUGAGCAUAAAAGAAAAAGUAAGAUACAUACGAGAAAGAAGUGAGCUAGGUAAGAUUCUGACAAGACCCUCUCUGUCUCAAGUUCAAUUAAACAAAGAUAUAGAAGGCAAGGAAGAGAAACGAGUAACAGGACCCUUUCUUCCACCCUCAUGGCACAGGGAAUCAUCAAAUGCAGAGAAAUUAAGAUAUACAGUACCACUUUUGGAUGGUAUUUCAAACUAUUCAAAGAGAACAAAAUGCAUGACACAGAGAGAAGAGGAUAAAGCAAAUAAUUUUGAGAAAGAUAUAAUACAUCCCAAGUACAUAGGUUUGAAGGCAAAGAAAUCACCCCUUCUCCUUAUACUCAAAACAAAGAAAUUGCAAGUGAACAUGAAAGAACAAGAGAAAGUGGGACAAGAAGAUAGCAAGGAAACCAUUGUGCUUCUGAGCAAAAUUCAUCCUUGUGUCACUUCAACUCGUCUUAAGUGGAAUGCUAUAAAAGACAAGGAGGGUGAGCCAGGAAUAAUAAGAAAUGAUGCACUGUAUAUUGAGCCCCAAGAAUCAUUGCCUUCAAUGAAAAUUUCAUCUACAGAGGUGCCCGAUAGCUAUGUGAAGAAAGGAGAACAACGUCCACAACAGGAAGAAAGGAACAGAGUACAAACCGAAGCCAUGAAUAGCUCAAGGCUGCCGAGGGAUACAGAUUUUAAGGCAAAGACAUCAUCACCUCCUCACACAUGCAGUGUCACUGAGCACGGUGAUUUGAACAAGAGAAAGGAACCCCAGUGGAGUAUGAAGGAGGAAGAACAGGAGCAGCAGAGAACAGAAGACCCUGAUGUGGCUCUGACAAAAACUCCUCCUUCCACACCUUCACCAUCUUAUCACAGAUUGGACACAAGGACCAAAGUAGACAAAGACUUGCUUGCAGUUACAGGAUUCUCUCCUUCACAAUUGCUGUGCCCCAAGUCAUCAGGUGCAGGAAAAAUCAGAUAUGCAGACUCCAAUAAAGGUAUUAGCUCAUGUAAUGUAAUAAUAAAAGCUUAUCAAUGUAUGCCAUAUACUAAGGUAAAGGACAGAAAAAAAAUAAAAUAUGGAGAAGGUAUAAGAUUCCCCCAAAUAAUCACCUUGACAGCAGAGACAUCCUCACUUCCACAUCUACCCGGUAGAAAGAGACUACCUUUGAAUAUUAAAGAGCAAGGGAAAGGAGUGCCAAAAGGCAAAAGUGAACUAGAAAGUGUUCUGAAGGAAACCUAUGCCUGCUUACCUUCUUCAUCUUACCUGAAAUGGGACACAAGAAUGUAUGAAAAGGAAGACACACUAGGGAUGACACAAUCCUAUUUUCCACCACCAAAGAUUCAGGAUCCAUCCAAUUCAGGCAAAAAACCAUAUACGAAGUCAUUUGAUGGAUAUGUGUUAAAAGAGAAGGGUAGACUCAAAACUGAUACUGAAAACAAAAUGGCCCGAAUACAUAUGGCUCUGAAGGCAAAGGAAUUACCACUUUCACUUAUGCUGAAUACAAAAAAAUUGCAGUGGAAAAUUAGAGAGCAAGAGAGAAAGGUGCAGAAAGAUAAAAAUGACACAGCUACAAAUCUGGAAAACAUUUGUACUUCUUUAUUUACUUUACCACAUCUUAAAUUUGGCUCAACAGAAGGAGAAAGGUACAUGAUAAGAAUUACAAAACUGUCUCUCCCACAACUACAGUCUAAGGAAUCACCAGAUGCAGUGAAAACAACAUAUGCAGAAACAACUGAUACAGAACUUUCAAAUGGUGUAAAAGAAUUAAAAGAACACACAUUACAGGAAGAACCGAAGGAUAGAGAGAAAAACAUGGAUGUAAAUAGUCUAGUAGAUCCCACUGAUAGGUAUUUAAAAGCAAAGAAAUCACCUAAUUUACUUAGAUACAAUCUAAAUGACCUUCAGUGGAAAGCUAAAGAGCAAGAGGGAACAGCUUGGGAAGUUCAGCAUAAGCCAUGUGGUGCAAUGCUGACUAAGACUUGUAUUUGCAGAUCUCCCCUACUUCACUUCAGCAUGAAUACCAGAGACAAGGAAAAGAGAAUGCCCAUAUUAGCGAGAUCCUCUUUUUCCUCAGUCAGCUUCCAGGAAUCAUCAGAUUCUGAGGACAUGGAAUAUAUAGAGCCAAUUGCCAGUGAUAUUUUAAUCAGCCCACAAAAAGGAAAAUAUCAUACUCCCCAGAACAAGGAAGAGAAUGGAGUAGAAAUAGUAAACCUCAUGCUCCCCAAACAUCAAGAAAAGAAGAUGCAGGAAAGUGAAGAUGAAUCAGAUGUGGUUGUGGCUUCCUCUCCAUUACCAUCUCUCCCUUGCCUGCAGUUGGAUAAAGAAAUACAGGUAGAUGAUGAAAUUCUAGGACCUACAAGGUCUAUUGUGCAGAGAGUAUCCAGUGUUGGGGAAAUAGUGCAUACAGAAGCAAUCAAUGAUCAUGUCAUGAAAGACAGUCAAAACAGGAAACAACAUGUGCCUCAGGAAGAGGAGCAGGACAGAGAAAAAACAGUAGAUAGAAGUAUGAUGCACACCACAGAUAUAACUUUGCAGUCCAGGAAAUCACCUCCUUCCCUUAUGCUCUACAGAACAGAAUUGCAUCUGAACAUUGUAGGGCAAGAACAAAAGAAACAUGAAUGUCCAGGUAAACCACUCGGUACUGUGCUAAGAAAACUUUAUGCUUCCAAACCUCCAGCUAAGCUUACAUUGGAAAAAGGUACACAAAUAAAUGAAGAAAGGCUUAGAAUUAAAAGACCCUCUCGACUUCCACAAAUAUUUUCAGCAGUAUCAGAUACAGAGAAGAGAGCAGAUACAGAAGCAAUUUGUGACCUAAGAGAAAAAAAACAACAUAUGUCACAGAAAGAAAAAAAGCAUGAGGUGAAAACAGUAGAUAUGAGGAUCAGGAUGGAUCACAAAGAGGCCAGGAUUUCAUCAAUUUCACAUAUCUUUGACACAAAGGAAUUUGUGUUGAAUAUUAAAGAACUAAAGGAAAACAUGUACAAAGGUAAAGAUGAGCUACCUGUAGUUCUGACAAGGACUUUUCUUUCUGCCCCAUCAGCUCCUCCCCUUUAUCUAGACUCAAGGAGCAAAAGAGACAAAGAUGUCUCAGGAGUUACAGGAUCCUCUCCUCCACAGCAAAAUUUCCAGGAAUCAUCAGAUACCCCAAAAAUGUCAAUUACAGAGGUAGUUGCUGGUAAUAGUGAAAUCAUCGUUAAAAAAUCAGAACACUCUGUGCCACAAGAAGAGACAGUGCAACAGUGGACCUCAAACUUCAUGAUCAGUGUACAGCAAAGGAAUGAAACUCCACGAGUCAAAUCAGAAGGAGAUCUGAGUCAGUUAGUUUUAAAUUCACAGCCUGAGGACGUUUAUUUAACAGGAUUUGGCACCAUAAGUGGGAAAAGGUUGGAAUAUUUCUUUACAGGGCAAGAGGUUCAGCCAGAUAAAUAUAAAACAGAAACUUUCACUACUUUUCUUUCCUACCCCACAAUGGAUCCAGCUAAAAUCAAGAAUCUGAAGAAACAAACUGAAAUAAUGGAUAGCUUAAACCACAAAAUGAGUCCUAAGGUUUUAGUUUCGCCACCACAGAAAAUAUCUAAGGAAAUAUAUGUCACGUUUGGUCCUCCUGCAAGUACAAAUGGAUUUUCUGUUUCAGAGCAAGGUGCCCACCAACAAAAAACUUUAUCAAAAGCAUCUCCAGGAUCUGCAGAUUCAUAUAAAUUUGAUAAGCCUGAGGGAGAUGUACACGAUAAAGAUAAAAUGAGCAAAAUACCCUCCCCCAAAGUGUUAGCCCCACAGACAAAGGGAUCGCUUGAGAAAAUGAAUAUCACAGGGUCAGAUACCACCCCAAUUACAGAGGAACAAGAGAUGGUCAUGAAAAAGCAAGUGGUGCUACAGUCUGAAAGUGGACAGAAGACCUGGCUGGACUCCAGCUUUUCUCUUAAGUUCCCACUUCAAAAUGAAAGGCAAAAGAUACCAUUGGAAAUAGAUGUACACAAACAAACUACAGUGUACCCCAGAAUACAAAUAUUACCAGGAAUCCACAUGGAUGUUACAGUGUUUGAUACCAUAGGAGGGAAAAAACAGACAUCGCCAGUUCCAGAACAAGAAGAAUGUAUUCUAGAAUCACUUCAGAAGUCUCUUUCUUCCCACUGGACUUUUCCACUUCAAUCUGGAGGUCUAGAGGGAAAAAAUAAAACUGAUACAAGCACUACUAUAAAUCUGGAGCAAAAAACAUUAGAGAUGGAAGAAGGGAAAUUAAAAAUUGACAAAAACAUAGCUAUCUGUCUGGGAGAGGACAAAACAGAAAUGCACAAGCACACCAUGGUCAACCUGGAGGAGAAUAAGAAAAGGGACACAAGCAAUACCAUAGACGUGAACAUUCCAUCUCUAAAGGCACAGAAAUCUCAAAUUAACACUCAGAUAAUGACUCAUACAGCAAGCAGCUACCCAAUCAAGCAAAAGCAUAAAAAGAAACUAGAAGUCUCUGGUGCAAAACAAAAUAUUCAGCCACAGAAAUUGUUUCAAAAACAUGUUCUGGAUUCAUUUUAUGCCUAUAUUCCUCUUUCUCUCAAAUUAGAAGACUGGAAAGGCAGAUUAACAGUAACGGAUUUGAAAAGAGAAUUGAGCCCCAAAUAUUUAACUACGAAAAUCCCAAAUCAUCCAAUUUCACAGAUUCUUAACGACACAGGACGUGGCACCCCAAGCAAUAGAAAGAAAUUAGAAUAUGACUUUAAGAAACCAAAGAAGACGAUUUUGUGCAGUAAAGAUGCCUCAGGAACAUUUAUCAGAAAUCUCUCUAUUUCCACAAUGAGUUCAUCUCAGACUGAAGAAAUAGCAGACUUUGAGACAAACCUAGAAAGAGAAAAGAUAUCCUGUCUUUCUGAAUUCCAGAAGAAAUCACCAAACAGUAAGAGAAAGAGCUCAAGCGCUGUAAAGGAAGGGAACCAGAAUUUCAUAAACACAGUUCCACCAGAUUCCCAGCCCUUUUUUGUGUUGGACAAACAACAAAUGCAAAAACUUCCCAGUGUCAAAUCAGAAGCAAACCUCAGCAGUGAAACAAAUGAAAAAAUUUUAAUUCCACAAACAAAAGAAAAAAGGGUUGUUCCAGGGCAUGCUAGCUCAAGGAUCAUAAAAGAACCUGACUUGCUUAUGACUGAGGAGGAAGAAAAGGCACCAAAACCCAUUCUGACACCCACAGAGUAUCCACUUAUGUCUGACUAUCCUAAGGACAAUUGUACCUCAUCCCCUGACCAGGGGGAGAAGAGUGAACUCAUCCAGGACACAACCACACAAAAGGUCCAGCAACAAAAGACUUUUCUAGGAACUGUGCCGAUACCAUCUCAAGUUAAAAGUAAUGAAAUAAAAGUAGUGGCACAUAGUCCAAGUGCAGAAAGUUCACUUCCUCUUUGUGAAGCAAUUAAGAAUAUCUUUGAAUCCCAGAUAAAAAAUAUAAUCCAUGACAAAAUUUGUGAGGAUAUACUGAAAAAGGUAAAAGACCACAAACCUAAUGAUUGGAAGUCACUGCCUUGUGCAGGGAGUCCAGAAACAACAUCCACAACGAUACCUCCCAAACUGCAGUCAAAACCCAUUUUAGAACGUUUUACUCCCAAAGAGAAUGGUAGGCUCACUAAUCAUUUAGAUUCAAAAGCAUUUGAAAUCAAACUGAAUCUGAUACCAGAGAUGGCAAAACACUCCUUCCAAAGGUUCGACUUUUAUCUAAAACAGUCUAUUUCAGAAGAUAACAGUUGGAGGCCAUAUCCAAGACAUAAAAAAAAUUGCUUUUUGUCUCUAGAAGGGAUUGAUACCAUAGAACUGAACUUCAAACAGAAAUAUGCCAAGGAUUCACCUCCUUUCAGCUCUUUGAAGACAUUGAUUGUCAAUGUUUCAAGUGACAGUGAAGAGAUCAUUACAAAGUUAAAGAGUACUCAUAAGCUAGAAGAAAGUGGAGUGUCUUCAGUGACUUCUGCUAAGCAGAUGCUAUUGCCACAUGUUCUCCAAAACUACUCAGUAGAAGAAAAAGACAAACUGCUCAUACACUUUUCUAUGAAGACAUUGGAGAUUCGAAUGAAAGCCUUUCCCAGAAUUGUAAGAGAAUCAUAUGCAAUGUCCAAUCCUCAGAAUAUAAGGAAACCUUUAUCUAAAUGUAUUCAUUCUGGUAUCAAAGUACCAAAGCGAAAAAACAGAGUUUUGUUAAUUUUUGAGGAAAAAUCUCUUCAUCAAAUAGAUCUUGAUUUACAAUACAAAUACCUUCGUUUUCUCCUGGGGCUUCCCGUCAAAAGUAUAUUCCCUAAACCAACUGCACUUCCCAAACAUAUUCUCAAGUUAAGCACAGUUGCAAUAUGUGAAAACAUAGAUUACAGAGGAGAAAAUAGUGAUGAUCUUUGCGUUGACAUGGAACUGUUAGAACAGCACAUCUCUUUCAAAAAGGAAAGUCCUCAUGAAAACUCAUCAUUGAUGAGAAAAUUCCUGGAACCAAUCCAGGUGUGUGCUUCUGACCCUGAUCAACAGGGCACAGGGCAGAGAGAUACUACAGCUCUUUCAGAGUUAAAAUCUCACGUGACUCCAGGAAAAGAUAAGCAAUGUCAUGUAUGGUUUCAAGAAACAGAUGCAGACAAAGCUUUUGAUUCAAAGACUCAGGAAAGUGCUCCCAGUUUAGUUGAUUCCUAUUCAACUCAGCUUUCUGAAGAUUUUACUGGGAGUCAGACAAAUAUUGAAAGUUCAGCCAACAUGGAGGAAUGCUCAGCUCUUGAAGCACAAGAGAGUGAAGAAUGUAUGUUUUUAGAAGCCAACCCUUACUUAAGUCAGGAAUCACAAAACAUUCUCUUUGAAUUACAGAAAGGCAUUCCUUUGGAAAAUCUCUGUAAGAUGGAAAAAAGCAAAACUGUUUUGAGACCAUUGUACAGGGAAGAUUCAGGUUCCCAUCCUACUAGAGGCUGUAGAAAACAUUCCUCAAUUGUUACACCUUCCUAUGAAUUCCACAAAGGCAGGAAAUAUAGCUCAUCCUCUAAGAUGCCAUCUCCUGACUGGUUGUGCCACAGUUCAUUAAAUGCUGUGAAAGUUCCGUCUAGAUCAUCAUCCAUCCCAUCUGGUGAAGGGAAGACUUCAUGGACUGCAAGGUACAGAACCAGCCAUUCUUUAGCUCUCUUAACGGAAUCAAAUGUCAAACUACACCUUGCAAAAAGGCAAGGUAAAUCUCACAGGCAUCUGGAGAGCAAAGAAAGAAAGAAGGCCAAAUCUGACUUAUGUAGAAAGAACAACAUUCAUUGGGACUGUGAUUACAGUUAUACACAGAAUAAAGAGAAAUGCACAAGAAAGAAGAAGGUAUGUCAUUAUGAGUCAGAAAGGUCAAGUUACUUCCCAGGCCGACUUGAGUUAUCAAAGCCUAAUCAAGAGGAUAUCAGCUUCCAUUUUGAAAGAAAACAAAACCAGCCAUUUUUUUAUGCCUGUAUACCAGCAGAUUCACUGGAGAUUAUACCCCAAACUGUUCGCUGGACUAUUCCCCCAAGAACUUUAAGGAAGACAAACUUCAGAGUUCCUCUGGUGGCAAAGAUUUCAAGUUCUAUCGAUAUAUGGACUUCAUCCAAAAAGUUCUUGGAGUCCCUCUUGGGGUCCUUCAGUCCAGUUAAUCCAAAUUGA